GGGCCAGUACAAACGCAUGCACACAAGCCGGUUUGAAUCGGUGUAGUUAGUAUUGCGCUACUUCGUGACGCGGUUUUGAUAUGCGUCGAUCGUGCGGACACUCGUAAAAUCGUGAAAUUUCCAACAAGACGCUCGGUUUCUCGCACAAAUGGGACGCGAUUUGACGCACAUGUGAUCUCGAGGGAGCCGUGAACAAAUUUUGUCGCUAUCAACGCCAACGCGUUCAACUUUGCGACCGAGCGUCGCUUCCUCAGAGACUCGUGUUUCACAUCGGGGAAUCACCGUCGCUUCUUCCUCCGUCAUUGACUGCGACAAAUUUUGGAAUCAUGUCCGACAAGUUGGCCGAAACCACAGAGGAUGACAAUUCCGUUACGAUGCUCGAUGUUCUCCAGGUCGAGAAUCAGCUCGAGGAAGACGCGUACGCAGUUUUGGGUGCCUCCGACGACCAAAACUGUACUUACAACAAGGGAUACAUGAGGCAGGCUCUGUACGCGUGCAAGACUUGCUCAAACAAGACUCGAGCUGCGGUCUGCUUGGCAUGUAGUUUUCAUUGCCACGAGGGACAUGAACUUGUGGAGUUGUAUACAAAACGGCACUUUAGAUGUGACUGUGGAAGCUCCAAAUUUGAGGGCAAACAGUGUAAUUUAGAGAAGCAAAAAUCUGCUACCAAUGGUGAAAACAAGUACAAUCAAAAUUUUGAUGGAGUUUAUUGUACCUGUGCGCGACCAUAUCCUGAUCCCGAGGGUGAUGAUGAUGAAAUGUUGCAGUGUAUAAUUUGUGAAGAUUGGUAUCAUUCAAAGCAUCUGGAGGUUGAUAGCGUGCCAGCUGAAGAUACAUACGACGAAGUAAUCUGUGCACGUUGUAUGAGAGAGCACAAUUUUCUCUGGAGAUAUGCAGCCAAGUAUGCAGUUUUAGGCAAGUCAGAUGCAAUAGCCGACAACAAAAUCGAAGAGGUAGAUGUGUGCGAGCUCCCGAAAGGAUGCCAGAUGCCGAAAGUCGGCCCUGUGAAUACCAAGGGAAGCUGUUUUUGGAAGCAGGGUUGGAGGACCUCGCUGUGCACUUGCGACGAAUGCAAAUCAGUGUAUAGUGCAAAAGAUGUUGCAUUUUUACUCGACCCGAAGGACAGUGUGCAAGCGUACGAGGAAGCAGGCAAAAUGAACAAGAAGGAAUCGCAGUACGAGAAAGGUAUGAAAGCUUUGGCGAGUUUGGAACACGUGCAACAGUUGACGGCAAUCGAAGAAUAUAACAAUAUGAAGGAACGACUCAUGCAAUAUCUACAAAAGUUUGCGCAAAACAAAAAGGUCGUGCGCGAAGAGGAUAUCAAGGAGUUCUUUUCAGGAAUGGAAUCGAGAAAGCGUCCGAGAGUAGUAGUGCCAACAUAUUGUCGCUGAAGCUUACGUUUCAAUAUCAUAUUAAUCAUCGCUAUCUAAUAAUUAUACAAAUAAGGAUAAGCACUUUUUAGUAUGUUUUUAUGGCAAGCCAUCAUACAUCUCGGUUCUUAACAUUUCUCUGUUUAACUUUUUAUCCGUAUGUCACUGCAUCACGCUUGCGGUAUUUUAACAAUUUAAUAAUAAUGAUACGUAAUUAAACGAAUAGAAAUACAAGAGAUAAAUAUAAUGAGAAUGUAAAUUUGCAAUUAUAGUACAUGUCAAGGACAUAAAUAAAAAUAUCCACAAUUUC